GCUGACACGUGUUUGAAGCGCCACCGGAGCCCCGGAUGGUGCGUGUGAGGGCCCACGAAUUAGUGGAGCGCGCCGCGCCGCUCCUGACAGACUGACAGACCCCCCCCCCUCCCCCUGAAGCCCCCUGGUUAUGCACCAUGCCAAUUGUUGAUAAGUUAAAGGAAGCUCUGAAACCUGGUCGGAAGGAUUCAACAGAUGAUGGCGAUCUGGGGAAGCUCUUGGCUUCUUCUGCAAAAAAGGUCCUUCUACAAAAGAUAGAGUUUGAGCCUGCAAGCAAGAGUUUCUCUUACCAGUUGGAGUCCCUAAAGAGCAAAUAUGUGCUGUUGAAUCCCAAAACAGAGGGUUCCAGUCGCCACAGAAAUUGUGAGGAGACUCAGAUCAGGAGACAGGGCAGUGAUCUUGGGUUUGAAAGCUGUAGUGAUGGCAUUCCAGCCCCACAGAAAGUUCUCUUCCCUAUGGAUAGGCUAUCUUUGAAAUGGGAGCGAAUUUACCGAGUUGGAGCAGGUCUCCAUAAUCUAGGUAACACCUGCUUCUUGAACUCCACCAUACAGUGUUUGACCUACACACCCCCUCUAGCCAACUACUUGCUGUCAAAGGAACACACUCGGAACUGUCACCAAGGUGGUUUUUGUAUGCUCUGUGUUAUGCAGAAUCACAUGAUUCAAGCCUUUGCGAAUAGUGGCAAUGCUAUCAAGCCAGUCUCCUUUAUCCGAGACUUGAAAAAAAUUGCUCGGCACUUCCGCUUUGGAAACCAGGAAGAUGCACAUGAAUUUCUUCGGUACAUUAUUGACGCUAUGCAAAAGGCCUGCUUGAAUGGCUAUACAAAAUUGGAUCGUCAGACACAGGCAACUACUUUAGUCCAUCAGAUUUUUGGAGGUUAUCUCAGAUCUCGUGUUAAAUGUUCAGUAUGUAAGAGCGUCUCUGAUACCUAUGACCCCUAUUUGGAUGUUGCACUGGAGAUCAGGCAAGCUGCAAAUAUUGUACGCGCCUUGGAGCUAUUUGUAAAACCAGAUGUCUUGAGUGGAGAAAAUGCUUACAUGUGUGCAAAAUGCAAGAAAAAAGUGCCAGCCAGUAAGCGCUUCACAAUUCAUAGGACAUCCAAUGUCUUAACUCUUUCCCUAAAGCGUUUUGCAAAUUUCAGUGGGGGUAAGAUCACCAAGGAUGUAGGAUAUCCAGAAUUUCUCAAUAUACGACCAUACAUGUCACAAAGUAAUGGUGACCCUAUCAUGUAUGGAUUAUAUGCUGUACUCGUCCAUUCAGGCUAUAGCUGCCAUGCUGGACAUUAUUACUGUUAUGUGAAGGCUAGUAAUGGGCAGUGGUACCAAAUGAAUGAUUCUUUGGUCCAUUCUAGUAAUAUCAAAGUGGUCCUCAACCAGCAGGCCUAUGUUCUAUUCUAUCUCAGAAUUCCAGGUUCUAAGAAAAGUCCUGAGGGCCCCAUUGCAAAAACUGCCUCUGUCCUUCCUAGCCGAGCAAACAGUGUGGUUCCUGAACACAUCAAGAAAAAUAUUAAUAAUGGUGUUGUCUCCUCGCCACUAAUUGGAAAGAAAUUGGACUUGGUAUCAAUGAAAAAACAGCAUACAGCAGAAGAAAAUGGUGUCCCAGUUUCCAGAAAUAGCUUUAUGAUAGGGUCUAAAUCACAGAAUGGAAAUGUUCAACUAAAGCUGCCCUUGGGGUCCCUGUCCCCAAAACUUUCAGCAAAACCCAUUCAUGGACCUGUCAUACUGGAUAAACUGGGGAAAAAAGUCAAGAAGCCUCUCUCCCUGCAACACCUUUCUCCAUCACUAAAAGUAUCUCACGGGUUAAAUGGCACCAGCAGCUUAAGUAGCACUAAACUUGAGAGCCGUAGACAAGGCUCAUGGGAGAACAAGAAUGCUGUGCUAGCUACCUCACCUAAGCUCCUGCCUGAAGUGACUGUCAAUGGCCACGGGCCAAAGGGUAAUGGUGAGUGUUCAGAUCCCAAGAGGAAGGAUUCCAUCAGUUCCAGCCCUGAGUAUUCUGCCAGUAGUGAGACAGCCAGGGGACCCGAGACCCCGAAGAAUGGAGUUGGCUGUUUCUGUACUUCUCAGGAAACAGACUAUUCUGCUGGUGAGCGUACCAAAGAGCCACCUGGUGGAGAGGAUUCUAAGAUGGUGAAGUUAAAGUCCCCUGUUCUGACCAAUACUGCCACUGAGCCUACAAGCAUCAUGUCCCCCCCACCAGCCAAAAAACUGGCCCUUUCUUCCAAGAAGGCCAGCACCCUACGGAGGGCGACCGGCAAUGACCUCCAUUCACCUCCCCAUUCAUCAUUCGCUGACCACACCUACCCCACGAAAAUCACCCACCCUGCCUCCGCCUCUUCUUGGCCUGUCAGUAAAAUCAGGGCUGUUUCACCUCCCAAAUCAUCAAUUUCUUUGAAGUCUUCCUUCAAUUCCUAUUCAAUCAAAGCUUCACCACUCCUCUCCAGCUUUAGGCCUUCAGGGAUGACCGAACCACAUAACUGCUCCUUUGUCUCUAAUCCCCUGCCUCAGGUAAAUGGGAACAUCAUGUUCCCUUCUCACCAGCAGCAGGGGACCAGUAAUAUCCCUCAAAGCUUCUCUGAAAAGAGAAGGAAAAAGCAUGUAAGUGAAGAUAGAUCAUACAGAAAUCCAGAAGAAGAAAUCUCACAGGAAAAUGGAGAGGCAGCAGCUGACUUUUCUCAUGUAAAGAAAAAGAAGAAGAGGAAGCAUACAGAAGAAAGUCAUAGAUCUUGGACAGAAGUUGCUACAUCUCUUACACAGGAAGAACAAACACAGAGAUCGAUUUGGAAUAGAGGGUUAGGAAGGAAGUAUGAGUUAGAUGUGGCUGUUGAUAGGCUGGAGGAAGAGAAAAAUCAAGAGAUGAAUCAUAUAGGAGUUGUGACUGAUGCCCAUUUUUGCAAAAAGAAAAAGGAGAAAAAAAGAAAGAGAAUGGAAGAAUGUAAUGAGGAACAUUGUCACUAUCAGAAACCAUCUUUGGACAGGGAUGAGCCAGAGUCCCCAAGGAAAAAGAAAAAAAAGAAAAGAAAGCAAAAUUCAGAACAGGAAGUAGAAGAGAACGAGCACCAAAAACACCAGAGAAAAGACUGCCAAAGUGACCACAAGGUCAUCCUUAAAGAAAACAGUGUUUGUAAGGACAGCAAUCAGUCUCCAGUUGUGAAUGGCCAGCAUCCUGGAAAUAUCGCUCCAUAUUUGUUUUUGGAGAAGAAACAGGCUCCUUUUCAGCUCUGGAAUAAAGAGAAAGAAUCUAAUGUAGUCCAGGAAUUGCUCAAGUAUUCAUCUGAUAAAGCUUAUGGGAAAAAAGUUUUGACUUGGGAUGGUGAGGUGUCAGCCAUCAGCCAGGAUGCUAUUCAGUAUAGUAGACUGGCCCAGAAUGAGACAGUGAUUGAUGAUUGGGACAAAGAAUUUGACUCUGGGAAGGAAAAGAAAAUAAAGAAGUUUAAACGAGAGAAGAAAAGAAACUUCAAUGCCUUCCAGAAACUUCAGAGCAGGCGGAACUUUUGGUCUGUAACCCAUCCAGCUAAGGUUACAAGCCUCAGCUACCGCCGCUGAACCCUGCUGCUACUAAGAAAGCUUCCAGGAAAAAAAGUAUCACUCUGUGAGCUGUAGCUGCCUCUCUGUUGGAUAUAAAGAACAGAUGUUGUGGACCUUAAAUAACCCUGCUAUUCCAAGGAUAUUUAUAUUGUGAGCUUACGUUGGCAGGAAAAGUCUCCCUCCACUACUUUACAGAUCAUCCUGGAAUAGAGUCUUAUGGACCCUUAUUUUACAAAAAGGAAAGAUUUUAAGGCUUAAAGUUUUGGUGACUUCAAAAAUGGAUUGUAGAAAAAUUCAGAAUCUGAUAGUACUACAGAGAUGACAGUUUAGUGGGCUCAGGGUGUGAACUGAACUGAAUGCAGUUUACUUCAGUGAAUGUAAGACAGAUUCUUCCACAGCAAAAGAAAUGUUGAAUCCAGCCAAAAUAUGCAAGAUGAAGGGACGGAUCAGGUAGUUUCAUGAAAACUAGCAUUUCCUCCCAUUGUAUCUUAAAGGAAACCUACAGUCAGGAACUUUAAGGAGGGGACACACCUGAAAUUUGGUAACCUUCGUGGUGAAAAAUCAUCUGUACUAAAACUGCUGGCAUUUUAUAUGCUUCUGCUCCCUGUCUUUAUUUUUGGUUGUGGAGCUGGCAUUUCUCUGAACCUGAGUGAUUGGUCUGUGCCUCUCCUGUCCAUCUUGAUGCAGUAAGCAGGACUACUGCAGUAUUUCUCCUUUGAAAUGGAGGCUUCGGUUAAUAUUUCUCUUUUUCCUUGAAAAUUGCUGCUAUUGAUAUCUUUAUAGAGUAAAAAACUGAUUUUCUGUAAUCUGAGCUUGUAAUGAGCUGGAAUUAUCUGCCCUUUGCUUCUAAGUAUGCUAUUUUUCUUGCUCCAGUGUGACUGUGAUAUAGUUUACCUUACAGCUGCAAUGACCCAUUGAGGUGGUGGUCUUGGGGGUGAAAUUCUUCUCUUUUACUUUGAUAUUUGGUAUAAGAAAAUGUACUUAUUACCAGGCCAGUGGUUAACCUAUAUUUCUUUUGCCCU